CACAAAACAAUAUGGCCGUCGACAACGGGGUCAGUUUUUAGUAAACACAUGCGAAUUGACAGUAAAUUUUAAAAAUUAGUUUCAAAACAUUAAAAAAUCAUGAUCAGUAUAGCUGAAAUAUGUCGCUUUAGUAAUUCUACACCUUCGUGUAGAAAUUUUACAGAAGGAGAGAAAGUGUUACGUGCAAAACAUGUAAUAUAUUGUGGAAAGAAAUCAAACGAAAAUUCCUUGGUUGAUCCAAAGAAUGUAAACAUAAUUGCUUUUUGUUUAAAAUCAUCGGGAAUUAGAGAAAACCCACAUGAAAUAACAGGUCUAAUUAACGAUAGCAAUAUUGUAAAUAUGAAGUGCAGCUGUAAAGCAGGAAUGAGUGAAAAGUGCAAACAUGUAAUUGCAGUUCUAUUUCAAUUACACGUAACUGAAGCAGAAAAUCUAGACGUUACAGCAUGCACAGACACUAAAUGUCUGUGGAGCGUACCUCAAAAAAAAACAUUGGAAACUUACAAUCCACUUCCAUUAAGGAGUCAUGAAUGUUUUACAAACUCUUUUAAUCAAGAAUAUCCAGUGCAUAUUUCCGAAGAAGACCAAGAAUUUAUAAAGGAUCGACUCUACAACGUUAAUUUAAACUCAUCUCUAACGAAACAUCUGUACGCUGUUAAUAGUUCUUAAAAUCAUAUAUUUAACUUAUUUAAUUAACUUUAAAAUUGAAUUUUUUCAAUUUGCACUCAAAUCAAUUUUUACAGUUUUAAUAUAUAUCAUACAUAUUAUUAUAAUAUAUAUAUGUAUGCAUAUUUUGAUACAUUUUUAUAUUUGAUUUCAUCAUUCUAAGUAAAAUUAAUUUAUUAGGUACGGACGACACGAAGAAAUUGUUCCGGAUAUACACAAUAAUAAUAAUAAUAAUGUAAACGAAAACUUUGCACAACUCCAAGCUCUAUUAGAAAAUUUACCUUCCCAGAGUAUGAGUAAUCUUGAGAAUGAAUC